AUGCCUCCUCCACCGCCGCCUCCACCUCCACCGCCUGCACCCCCAGCUCCGGCGCCAUCAGCACCGCCACCAGCUAGUACUGCACGAAAUGCACUUCUCAGCGAUAUUCAUGUAGCUUUUCAUCACUUGAAAUCUUCAAAAAUAUGUUUCAUUUUGCAGAAAGGUGCCAGGUUGAAGAAAACUGUGACGAAUGACAGAUCCGCACCUGCAGUAGGAAAUGUGAAGCCAUCUGCUAACGGAUCCACUUCAAGUUCAGCGCCAAACGGUUUUUCCCGAGUUUUUUGUUGGAAAUAAAUGCAAUUUUUCAGGCGGAAAUGCUCCAAAACCGUCAUUUGGAAGUUCUCCGGGACCUGGUCUAGGUGGCCUUUUUGCUAAUGGAAUGCCAAUGAAACCCAGUGAUAAUAAAAGGAGGGCAACUACAACGAAUAUUGUUACUGGUGAAUCUUUAUCUCGAAAAUAAAUUAAACUUUUUCUCAGGUUUGGCCGCCAGUACAUCUUCCUCACCACCGCCGCCACCUCCUCCAGUUCCUUUACCGGCUGAAAGUUUAUCUCUUUGAAGAUUUAAAGUUUAUUAAUGCUCUUCUAGAUCGAAAACCGUCUUUCGGCGCCUCGAAGCCAAAUCCACCGCCUCCCCCGCCUGCCCAACAGGCCAAACCCACGGUUUUCUUCAUUUUCAAAUUUUUAAGUGUCUUUCCUGUUGAAAAUGUCCUUUGCAGUUAUGUUUUUCUGUUUUUCUUGAUGAUUACUAAUAUUUUUGAGUGAAUUUUCUUUGCAUCCUUGUGAUUUCUAGCUCGGCGGACCCUCUCAAACCAAUCGGGAACAAUUUAAAACGAUGCGACCGAUCCGACAAGCUUCUGAUGAAAAGCCCACGUUUUUGAGAAGGAGUGGCAGUUCCGAGGUUUUGUUUUUGAAAAUUGAAUUUCUAGCUGUUUUGUACUUAACUAAUCGAAUGCGGUUCUCCUUGUUUUUUCAAGUUUUUUUUCGGAAUUCGAAGGAAUUUCCAGCUUUAGAAGCUUCUAUUUAAUGAUUUUUUUCUGAAUUUAAAAAAAUUUUUGAAGGGUUUUUUCUGGAAAAAUCGCUGAAUUUUGAGCUUUUUGUGAGAUUUCGAUUUUUUUGAAAAAUUGGUUCAUUGUUUCAUAUUCCCAGGGCUCUUAAAUGGUCGUGGAUGCACGGUUCUUUCUAAUUUUUGUCUUUAUGUCAUUUGAAAAAUGUUCAGAAGUGUUACGCUUUAGUUCUUAAAAUCCGUUAAUAAUUCUAGCAGUUUCUAGUAAAUCCGAUAAUAAUUCUAGUAAAAUGUGAUAAAGUUGGAAAAAUCUCUUUUUUUUUCUUGAAAAACGAAUUGUAGAAAAAGGCUUCUUCAACUUUUUCGAAAAAUCGUUUUUUUAAAAGUCAUAUUUUCUUUCCAAAUCACUUUUUCCGGCAAUUUUUCAUUAAACGUAAUUAUAGAGACGUUUGAAAAAAAUAAAAAUAGGAAAAAAAUAACCAUUUUCAACUGUUUAAGGCAAUUUUUUUAAAAAGAAAAAAAGUUUAGGAAAUAACCGGUUCUUCUCGGAUAAUGAGGCCUGGAGUUCCACCGCCUUCCCGGCCGAAUGCGCCACCCCCGCCGCCGCCUCCACCUCCAGCACAGAACAAUACGCCGAUAAAACCAACUGGAAUUCGGCCCACACCUCCGGCAAAGUAAAUUUUUUUGAAAAAUCGUUUUCCGGUCCAGAUUUUUUAUAAUAAUUUGAUAGCUCCUUAGAAAAUAUUCAGUAUUACUUGGCUGAAGUAGUGCUUCGACCUCUCUAGGUAAAACAAAACAAAAUUACCUUUUUUUCACCUAUUUUCUUCCUUCUUUAUUUAAACCUCCUUGAAAGUUCCUUUCCAGAAAAAAACUGUUUUAACUGUUUAUUGCAUCUUCAAUGUAAGAAUACAUGUGCAAUCGACUUUCAUUGAUUUCAACUGUGUUUAAACGGCGGCAGGAGCUGUGGCUUAGGCAGAGAAGUUGUGAAUGUCGCUCGUAGAACAUCAGGUACAAGAGGGGUCGUAGGAAGAAGUACGGUGCCGGCUUUCCAAAGGCUGAUGGCAGAGAUUGAGCCUUUUCGCUGCAUGCAGCUUCCAAUAUUAUCUACCCCGGAGGGAUGAAAGGCUUGGUCGACCUCGGGGGGGACUCGAACCUACGACCUUGCGGACGUUAGAAAUGAGUUAUGCCAGCUGAGCUAUGCCGCCCCUCCAGAAAAAGGUUCAGAAAAAAAGGCACCUUUGAAGCCUUUGUAAGACUUUUUUUUUUUCCAUAACUCCUCUUUGAGACCUUUUGGACUUUGUCCGUGCUUUUGAAACUUGUGAAAAAUCUUUUUGCUUUCUCAAACAUGCUGUUUUUUUCCGUUGAAAAUUGUCCUUUUUUACUUUUUUCAUUUCAAAAAGUUUUUUUCUUCAGAGCUCCCUCAGUGAUAGAAGAUUUGUCACCUCCUGCUCCACCGCCACCGCCAAGAUUCGCCUCAAAAGCGCCGGCUCCAUCUUCCAAUUUCCGAUCAAGUCCGGCGAUCUCCACAGCUCCGCCGCCUUUUUCCGUUUCAGCAAAACCGGAAAAGUUCCACCCUCUAGAUAGGUGGGUUUUCGGGAGAAUUUCGCGGAAAUUCGGCUUGAAAAUAUUCAAGUUUUGUGAGAAUUUGGGCAUGCUGGGAAAGUCGGUCGGUUUGGUCACUUUUUGAAAAUUCAAAAGUUUUUUUUUAUCGGUCUAAAUUGUUUUUAAACUCAAAAUUUUCCAAAAUGCGUAGAAUUCUCGAUUAGAGAGGGUUUUUUUCUAAGAUUUAAGAUCCUUUUUUUGACGAAAAAUUCAGGAAAAAGUUAGAUUUGUAAGUAUAAUGGCCAGUACUUUUUUUGAAACUGAUCAUAUUAUGAAGAAAUAGAUACUUUAAAAAGCGUUAACACCUUCAUAAAGCUCAAAAAAAUUUUCAAACCUUAAAAAAACUUGAAAACUUUUCUAUUUCAAGUUGCCCGGAAACUGAGUUCACUGUUAGAUUUAUUUGAUACUCAUUAGGUAACUUUUUUUUUCACUCCGUCAGGAGGUCCUGAAACACGGUUCAGCGCAGUUUCAUAAUUUGGGCAAAAAAAAGGCUAAAAAACAUACGAUUAAAUUUCUCGGUUCCCGUUGAAAAAUCAGCCACAAGACAGGUUUCGUUGAAAAUAGGCUUCAAGAACGGUUAUUUAGAGUAGUUUGCGUUGAAAAAUUUAUUUUCAUUUAUACAAGGGCAGAAAUUUCUUAAAAGUUGCCAUCCCGCACCCCCGAGUUUUCACAAAAUAAAGUCAUUGCUUUUUCAUAGGCUUUUAUGCACCAUUUUUGCUGCCUCUCCCUUUCUUCAUCAUUUUUGAGCCUUUAAAAUCUUAGAAAAAUCUGAAGGCUUGAUAAAGGGACUUUUUUGUUGCCUUUUUGCUUCCUUUUUGAGUCUCUCCCUUUAACGACCAUUCCGACUUUGCCCGAGAUUAAACUCUUUUUCAUCAAACUUAAUUAUUUUCAUCACAUUUUCAGAUUUUCCUUUAUGUCUCUGAACCAACUACCCCCGCCACCACCGCCAGGCAGCAAUCGUGUAUGAAAACAAAUCAAAAAUCCAAAUUCUCGUCAAAAUCUUCAGUUAGAUAUUGUUUCGAUUAAUUUUCCCUUUGGCCGAUGCCGGUAUAUUUUUUUUUGAACCAAAAAGUGAGAAAUAUCUUAUUUCACUUCAAUUUUCCGUGUUUUUGUCUUGUCGUUUUUUUCUGCUGUAUUUUUCAAAGCCUUGGUAUUCAAAUGAUUCGUCUGUGAUAUCGAAAUCUCCGCCUCCCGAGUUUUGUAUUGAUUGUAUUAUAUCUAUGAAAAUAUGUGUGUUAAUUCGAUUUUUUAUUAUAUAUAUACCUUUUUUUUGCACACGCCUCUCGCUUAAAGCUUUGUGAUAAUUGAUCUAGAUUCGCCUUAUUUUUUUUAUAGAUUUGAAUGAUUUUUUUGGAGGGUUUUUUUGGAAAAAAUAGUUGAUUUUUGAUGACUUCAGCCAAUUUUUUUGAGCUUCAAGGGUGAUUAAAGCUCUGAUUUCUUAUAAAUAAUUCAACUAGACCCAUUUAUUACACAAAAAAAUCCAAAAAUACCUCAAAAUUUCGUUCAAAUUUCUCUUUUCUGUAUCAAAAAUCAACUAGUAAAUUUUCUCCAUCAUCUAGAACUUUUUCAUUUUUUUUCUUGUAGUCUUUUUAGUACCUCUCGCCCACCAACACGGACCGUCGCUCUCAGAGAAUUUCCUUUUAGGCCUUUUAAUGCCUGAAAAACUUUUUCUUAUUCAUAUACAUCUCUCGAUUUGCUCAUUUGUCGAUAAAACAGUUCAUUUUUCUUUCGCAUGAAGUUUAUUUUGUUGGAAAGGUUGUAGAAUGUCCUUUUUAUUUUAUUCUUGUACAACUUAGACAAGGUCCGAAAGGACUUUAUGAAAUUUUUAAGAGGAUAAUAUUUAAUUAUACCUUGUCAAGGAAAAAGAUGUUAUAAUUUUUCCGGCUUUUUUUGGACAUUUUUUUCGUCUUCUCUGUAUUCAGUUUUCAUUUAAAAAAAUCCAAGAAGGCUUUUUCCAAAAAAGCUUCUUCCACCUUUUAAGAAGUAUAAAAGUUGUGAAAAUCUUCCUGGAUUUUGAAAAAAAGAAAGAUUUGAAGAUGAUGCCCCAAGAAAAGAAGGAAGAUCCCCAAUUAGUGGAUCGUCUUGAAUCAAUCGUCGUCAUUGAACGCAAAAUCGACGAUCUUUUGAAGUUUGAACUGAAUUUUGAUGAUUAGAAAAUGAAGUUUUGAUUUUUAGAUGCGCUAAAGAUUGUUUAGCGGAACUGUCAAGGGAGAAGCAGAUUAGUAAGGUUUGAAAUUUUAUUCCUCCUAAUAUAAUCUCUAUGAGAUAUAGAACAAAAAUGGAGGACAACUGUAACUCGUUCAAAAAGCUCCUGACCCAAAUCGAGAGCGAAUUGAGCGGCCAUAUGCAAUACUUGGCCAAUGUUUGUGUCGGAUCUGCUCAUCAAGGUUCAGUUUUUUGAUUUUCAAUGGGAUUUUUUAGAUAAAAGUAAUUUUUUAGCCCGUUUUUCCAUUUUUUAAGUCCAGUUUUGAAGUUUAGCAGCCUUUUUUGAAAAUGAAAAUAGGAUUAUCGAUCUUCUAGUCAUUUUUCGCUUCUCGAAUUUAUAAUUUUAUCACAAAAAUAGUAUCAAAAGGGUCGCUUUUUUCUCCAGAAAUCCGUGAUCUUUAACUUUUUUGGCCUUUUUUCUUAGCUAGAUGAACGACUUGAUGUCGUUGUUCACCACCAGUUUCUUUUUAACUUGCUGAGCGGCUAGGUAGCGUUGUUCAACACCAAUUACUUUCAUUGGCUAAACUUCUUGCUCAGUAAGGACUUUCUGGGGAAAGUUAUUUUUAGUUUAUUGAAACCUUUGCGCAUCGAGUAAAUCCUAAAACUUGAUUUUUGAACUUCUUUUCACACAUUUUAAAAUUGGGAAGCUUCUGUUGUCGCUUUUUCGAGUAAAAGAAGAUUUCGGUCUUCUAGUCAUUCUUUCCUUUUCGAAUUUGUAUUUUUUAUCAGAAAGUAUUAUUCAAAAACACUAAGAAUAACUGACGAGAUAAAAGCGAGGUCGGUGGCGGUACAUUGACGAGCUCGCAAACAUCUCGCUUUUUUCAAGGCGCGAUCUCGCAUUUCUCUCGGCGCGACCUCGCAUUUUUCUUGGCGCGAUCUCGCAUAUAUCUCGCACUUCGGAAAUUUUCAAAUUGCGAGAGAAAUGCGAGCUCGCGCCUAGAAAAAUGCGAGCUCGCGCCCAGACUAAUGCGAGACCGGCGCGAGAAAAAAAGCGAGAUGUUUGCGAGCUCGUCAAUGUACCGCCAGUGUCUCGCGUUUAUCUCGGCAGUUAUUCUUAGUGAAGUAUCAUUGCAAGGCUUUUUUCCAAGAAAUCGUGAUUUUUCACCUUUUUAUACAUCUUUUCAGUUAGAUGAACAGCUAGGUAUCGCUUUUCAAUACCAGUUUCUUUUUAGCUAAUUGAACUUCUAGGUAUCGCUGUUCAACACCAGUUCCCUUGACUGAUCAAAUUUCUUGCUCAAUAAAUAUAGGAAGUUCUGAUUGAAAAUUAAUUUUUCUUUAGUUCACUGACAGCUAUGCGCUUUGAAUAAUGCCAUGAAACUGAAGGGAAUUUGUUUUUUAAAGUUUUUGUUUUCACAUGCUUUGAAAUCUUUGAAAUUGAGAAGCUUCUAUUCACCUUUCCGAGUGAAAGAAAGUUUUCGGCUUUCUAGUAAUUUUUUUCUUCUCGAAUUUGUAUUUUUUUAUCAGAAAAAUAUUAUUCAAAAAAAGUAUCAUUGCAAGGCUUGUUUUUUCAGAAAUCCGUGAUCUUUCACUUUUUUCAUUCACUUUUUUUUAGCUAGAUGAACUGCUGGUUAACGUUGUUCAGCACCAGUUUCUCUGACAUUAAAUUUCUCGCUCAAUAAUCGAUAAUAAACUCUCGAUUCCCAGGAUCAACCUUCGCAUCUCAUCAGAACAUCGCCUUGGCUGAGAUGACCGGCGAACAGCUUCACAAGGACAUUUUGGACAUCGCCGGCACUCUGAAAGUCAAAGAACCGCCCACGAAACUCGUCGAAACCACCAUCGUCAUCACCAACGAGGAUGACGUCACCAUGGAGGAACCUGCAGCUGAACAACCACAGGAAGCAGUUCAACAACCGAAGGAGGAGGAGGAGAAAAUGGAGGAAGACAAGGAGAAAGAUUAG